GUGACGUCACGGCGCCCAGAGCGAGGCUGGGGUAGAGAGGCCGACAGAGCAGGAGUCGUCCGCUUGUCGUGGAGGCUGCUAGGGAGUCGGCGAGAGGGUGAGCGGGCGAGCAGACGAGCGAGCUAGAGCAGGCAGGAGGGAGCGACGCGCGGCGCAGAGUAGCGCCGGGGCCAGGCCGCGGAGGAACCCACAGCCGGAGAGGGGCAGCCCGAGCCGGGCGCCGCGGGGUCCCCACCCCCACUCGGCCGGACAGUGCCCGGUGUUCCCCCGUGCGGGGGGCGGCGGCGGCGGCUGACGGGACCGGACAGGACCGCGGGGGUGUUGCCACCUCCCCCGAGGAGCCGGCGCGGCCGCGGGCUCCUCAGAGCCGGGGCCCGGGGCCCGUGAUAGACGGGCGGAGGAAAGGAGAGAGGCGGCGGCGCAGGCGACGGGGAGGCAGCGGCGACACCAUGUCAUCCCCCAGUCCGGGCAAGAGGCGGAUGGACACGGACGUGGUCAAGCUCAUUGAGAGUAAGCAUGAGGUUACGAUCCUGGGAGGACUCAAUGAAUUUGUAGUGAAGUUUUAUGGACCACAAGGAACACCAUAUGAAGGCGGAGUAUGGAAAGUUAGAGUGGAUCUUCCUGAUAAAUACCCUUUCAAAUCUCCAUCUAUAGGAUUCAUGAAUAAAAUUUUCCAUCCCAACAUUGAUGAAGCGUCAGGAACUGUGUGUCUAGAUGUAAUUAAUCAAACUUGGACAGCUCUCUAUGAUCUUACCAAUAUAUUUGAGUCCUUCCUGCCCCAGUUGUUGGCCUAUCCCAACCCCAUAGAUCCUCUCAACGGUGAUGCUGCAGCAAUGUACCUCCACCGACCAGAAGAAUACAAGCAGAAAAUUAAAGAGUACAUCCAGAAAUACGCAACAGAGGAGGCACUGAAAGAGCAGGAGGAGGGCACCGGUGACAGCUCGUCGGAGAGUUCUAUGUCUGACUUUUCGGAAGAUGAGGCCCAGGAUAUGGAGUUGUAGUAGAAAAAGCACCUGCUUUUCAGAAAGACUAUUACUUCCUAACCAUGAGAAGCAGACUAUAAUAUUCAUAUUUAAACAAAGCAAUUUUUUUUAUUACUAAACAAGGUUUUUAUGAAUAAUAGCAUUGAUAUAUAUAUAUUAUAUAUCACCCUUUAGAUCUUGAUUUCUUGGUCAUUUCUCAAUCUGAGGUGCAUAGCAUAUUCCCACAUUCCAUUUUGGUAGCAAUAUGCGGUCUGAAUGCAUGCGUUCACAAGUCCACUCGGCCAAGUCAGCCUGUGUGCUGCUCAACUGUCAAAAGAAACAGCCGCUCCGAUAGAUAGACGAGAGUAAGAAUAACAGGAAAAAAGUUGCUUCUUUUAUUGAUGGUUCCAAAGAAACAAACCAAACCAUCCAGCUCUUGGACGUGAAGAUAGAAUAGUGCUUUUUCAAAAUGGACGGGAGGAACUGGGGGAGGACCAGGCCUGCUGUGGGAGCAUGAGGAGCCGCUCCUUCCUGGGACUCCCAGGUGGCCCCGUUUCUGUGGAGUAACAGUAGAGAACAGGGAGCUAAUUGGAGUAUUGAAACGUAAAACAAUUUCUGACUCUGGAUUUUAAGUACAUUUUUAUAUGCAGAUUCCUGCCCGACUCACUAGCAGGCCCUGCGGCCACAAGUGUUUUUGCUUUGGAGAACCUCUCGGAAGUGUUUUCUGAACCGGAUUCUUUUUCUUGGGGUAGCGCUUGUAAUCCAUAGCUUUCUGAGGGGACAGGACAGGAGGAGUAGAGUGACCGGGAAGGUGCUUUGUCUCAUCCAGCACCUGCAGAGUCGCCGCCUUGUCCUCUAGGCCACUUUGAGACUGCUGCCCUGGACUGAGAGCUUUAAGUUGGAGGGUGGUUGUGGGUGUUUUUGUUUGGGUUGGAGCUUUUUUUUUUCCUUCCCUUUCCUUUCCUCCCCCCCAGCUCUCCCGCCUUUAUUUUUAAAAUGGUGUGUGUGUGUGAAUUGUGCUUAGGUUGCAAAUUUAAUCUUCACCUAUAAUCUUCACCUACCAAGAGAUGGCCUCCUCCUUGGACAGCCGCUCAGUGGACCAUUAGACUCGGCAAGAAGACCCGUCUGGUGGCUGUGACUCCCGAGUACUCUCCUCCCCUUCAUGUUUUGGUUUUGUUUUCCCUUCUGCUGCCGCUCUUGGCAGCAGCCUGGUCAUCAUCUGCUUGUGGGAGUGGGAAAUGGGUAUUUUAGACCCAACACAUAUUCUAAAUUGAAAAUGAGUAAUAAUUGGAACAAAUAAAGGUCCUUGUACCCAAAGUGACUCUACAUGGGAAAAACAAACUGCUUUUUUUCAGAGUGUGACUGAAUAAGAGGAAAGCGUUCGGAAAUACGAUGCAGUAGAACAGGUUUUGAAGGAAGAACAUAUUCUCUCCUGUAUGUGUUAAGAGGAAAUCAGACAGUUUAAAAUGCCUGCUAAUCAAAUGUUUACUCAGCUCACCAUAUGUCCAGGUUGCCGGCAGAGUUUCUUUCGAAUCUGAGUGUUGCCUGCUGAGUUUGGAGAACCUUAGACAGCAAGUCUGUAUCCCUUUUUUGCCACAACCAAUAGGACAGAAGCAGAAUUAGCCAAUCCUAAAACCUUCUAAAGACCAUUUUUUAAUGUCCCACUGGGAUAAUUGAGUUUUUCUUUCUGGUGUGUGUUUUUAGUUUAGAAGUGCUAUCUGUUCCACAAGAUUGGAGUCAGUGAGGUUGGAAGAUACCCUAUCUUUUUUUAUUCAAAAAGCACAAUCAAUACUUUUCUUUGAAAAUCUAUAUAAAGUACAACUUGCUUUUAGCAUGAUUAUUUUCCUAAAAGACAAAGAAUUUUCUUAAUUUAUGUUAAUUACGGGCAUGAAGCAAAAGGUUUUCUUUAAAAAAAAAAAAAUUUAAAGUGCAGUUACGUAGGGCUGUGGUUAGUUAACCAUACCAAGUUUAUCUAUCUAGCAUUUGUGGCUUGUUGGAGGGGUAGUGUUAACUAUUUAACAUGGAAUGGUGUGCUUUAACUUCUCUAGCGCGUUGUCUUCUCUUACUUUGGGGGAGGGAGGGUCUCUGCUGGCACUGUCUAACCUGCUUACCUGCUGAAUUAGCAGUUUGCUUGUGCUAUAACCGUUUAAAUUGUAGGUGCGACUUAGGGUAGGCUUUAAAAGUGCUGGGUGGUGAUUUGAGUUCAAACAAUAAAAAUUGUAUUUUUUCAAUAUUGUAUAAACAAUAGUGUUCUAAUUACCUUUCAAAAAAAUAAUGUCCAGAUAAUAAUUGCUUUUAAUCUUGUCAAAAACAAGACAAAACAAACAAAACACGUAGAGCCAAGUUUGGGGGAAUGUAUGUGAGCCACAGCUCUGCUCCCCGACUAAAUACCUUUUUCUCAAAAAAGACAUUGGCUCGCGGCGGAUUGAACGCUCUGGCACUGGGAGUCUGGUGGUGCAGAAAUUCUGAAUGAAGACAUGGCGGGGGAGGUCACAGGGGUUAAGAAGCAGAUCCCAAGUGCGGCUGCAGCAUGUGUGCGUGUGUGUCUGUCCAUCCAAGUCUGUCUGAUGAAGGUGUACUGAGGCUUCCCUGUUAGUGCAGGAAGCUCCUGGAAUGGCUUUGGCUACCCGGAUCACGCUGUACCUGCUGGUUCCGUGCAGAUCUGUCCUUUCUGGGCACUAACCUUGAUCCCAUGCAUGCUCUGGCUCCAUGUGGGGCUUUCCCUCUAGUCUGAGAAACUGGCUUUUGAUGAGUUGAACAGAAUCCUCCUUAUGCUAACUUUUUGUCCCUUCCUAUACCUGGGAGAGGUAGCCAGGAGAAGACGACCGUGCUUCUAGGUACAGAGGGAGCUGGAAGAAAGCCUGGCUGGGAAUCAGAGGACUCUGGCCAGCAGUGGUUGAUGAUACAGUAAGGCUAGAAGAGGGGGUAUGACAGCUCUGGAAACUUUCCCAGAUUUCCCGUCAUAACACUCAGAAAAGCAUCCAGAGCCCCUCAGUGGGGCUGAACGUGACUGCUUUUAAAGGUGGUGGUGGUAGGUCAGAGAUGCUUCUGGCAGUUUCCCUCCCUUUCGUAGCAUACCCAUAGUUUCCAAGUUUUACCUUGUGGUUGACCAGCGCAAGCCAUCCUUUGCCCCUGUCCAAAUACCGAGCUCCAGCUCUCGCCAAAACCGACAAGCCAGGUGGCUGCAGCCGCAGCCCACAGCCCACUGCUCUCGGGCAGCCCCGGGACCGGGGCCUGGCAGGUUGCAUUUGGUGGUAGCCAAGCUAGAUGCUGGCAUUGUGCUCUUUUGUCUUUGAUCUUGUCACCCUCCUUGAGGUGACUGUGCAGUUUCAACCAGCAUUUUAUACUAGUAGUUUUCAGAAGUUGCCAUGUGUCUCUCCGGUACCUAACGUCGUCGUCCUACUUCAGAAGCUGUUCUCAUUGCCAGCUGGCUGAGCUAAUCUCCUGAGGAGUGUCUCCCCUCGAAGGAAUUUUUUCCUCCUCAAAAUGCUCUCUGAAGCUGAUAAGGGUUGGCCUGACACUUGCUUUUCAUUAGGCCUCCUGUUGCGGCUAGAAUCAUGAAAGACAGAUCCUCUGCUAGCCUUCAUGGGUGAAGUUUCUAGACACCAAGUUUCUGGGAACUGGUGUUCGAUUUUUAAACGGCGUGUGGCCCUUCUACAUUCUAGGGACUCAAUCAGAAAAAGUGGAAGCCAUUAACAAGAGGUAGCAAGAGUUCUUUUACCAACUUCUAACCGGGUUCACGGCCUUCUUGACUAAAGUUAUUUCUGAUUGGGCACAAAGACCUGUGUUUUCUUUGGACUUCUGAAUCCAUGUUCGUAAUUUCUCUGGCCACUGAACACCUUGGCAGUUCCAUCAAGGACUGGGGUGGAGGCCCCUGGGGAAAGGGGGAGCUCACCCUGGUCGGGCGGGCAGGGUCUCCACACACCUGAGGAAGGGCCAGGACUCUCACUUCAGCAAAUACUCGUCUUGGCUGUGGGCUUGGGAAGAAAUGGCCAUUAUUUACUGAUUGUAUUUGGUACAUAUUGUGUGAUACUUGAAGAGAGAAAAGGGACUUACCAGCCCUUAAUUGAAAUCCAAGCUUUUUAUCGCUUAUUUGUUCCUUGCCCUCUCCUCCCUCCUACCUUCCUCCUCGCAUUGUGAUGAUCUAGCGGGCACUUCUGUCAACAGGACAAAUGCCGCCUCUGACUAUAACCUCUUAAUAGUUGUGUAUAAUGAAAACUGUAAACUUUUUUAAAUAAAAUGUGUAUAUACCUUGGCAAA